AUGCACGAGGGCUGGGAGCCCAGGAGGGCUGGCAGCCCAGUCCAGACCUGCUGGUGCUUUGGACGGGCUGUUCCCGGGGUGCCUCCAGCACAACUGGCGGGCGGGCAGUGCCGGCUGCGGCCCUUCUCCUGCGAGCUGGGGCUGCUCUCUCGGCCCGACGGCUCGGCCACCUUCCUGCAGGGUGACACCUCGGUGCUGGCAGGGCUGUACGGCCCCGCGGAGGCCAAGCUCAGCAAGGAGCUGCCGGACCGGGCGGCGCUGGAGGUGCUGCUGCGCCCCAAGGUGGGGCUGCCAGGCGUGCUGGAGCGCAGCCGGGAGCAGCUGCUGCGGCAGACGUGCGAGGCCGUGGUCCUGGGGGUGCUGCACCCCCGCACCGCCAUCUCCCUGGUGCUUCAGGUGCUCAGCGAUGCUGGCUCGCUGCUGUCCUGCUGCCUGAACGCCGCCUGCAUGGCGCUGCUGGAUGCGGGGCUGCCCCUCGCCACCCUCUUCUGUGGUGUCACCUGCGCCCUGCAGCCCGACGGCACCAUCCUGCUGGACCCCACGGCCCGACAGGAGCAGGAUGCCCGCGCCAUCCUCACCUUUGCCAUCGCCAGCAGCGAGAGGAAGGUGCUGAUGGCCACCACCAAGGGCAGCUGCUCUGUGGAGGAGAUGCAGCAGUGCCUGGCCGCAGCCCAGCGCGCUGCCGACACCAUCUUCCAGUUCUACCGCGACUCCGUGCGCCGCCGCUACUCCAAGUCCUGAGCUGGGGACACCCCGCGGGCAGCUGGACUGGCCUGGACCCCCAGCCCUCAGUAAAGGACUGCUUUUCCCUCCA